CCUGCGAAGGUCUCUAACUGUCUCUGGGUUCCCAAACCCACGACAGUUGACAAUCAUUCCGGUCAGCGAGGCUGCAUAACAGCGCCUGCCAUCCCCAAACCAGCAUUUAUUUUUUCCACCAUACUCUCCUGUCCAUUCUCUCCUCCGCUAGAAUCCCCUGCAAACUGUCCCUUCCCCCGUUUUCCAUCCCUCUCUUUCCACACUUUUCCUUCAUCUACAGUAGGCUUACGUUUCCCCAUGGAUGCUGGGGUUGCAGUUUCAGUAGGAGACAGAUGAGCCGCUCGGGCUCUUCGUUUCCACGAGAGAGCUGAGUUGUUCGUUCCUUUUCCACCUGGGCUUCUUGAUUUUUUGGCUUUUUUCCACAUGGGUUACCUCCACGUCAGUUUCACCUUUUCCAUUAUUUUCAAAAAAGCCACCUGUCUUCUCCUUAUGCCCAGACUCUGCCGCUGGGUUCUUCAUCGCGAUCUUUCCUUGAGGAGGGGUAGCAUUGCCUUUAAUUGCCAGAUUUUCCAGCCAUAAAAAACACCUAUCCCCCAUAUUAAAUACCCCAGUUGCCCUUUCAGCAGUAUAGUUGACGAUAGACUUGUCCACACCCAAAUUUUCCAUACACUCCUUUCCAUUAUUGUCACCAUUAAAGACCCUUGACUUAGAAUGUAUUGGAAUCUCCUUUACAUUUAAUUGCUCUCCACGAUUUAUGGACACAUUUUCAGCAUUCUCACAUCUUCCCUCUCUCUUAUUAAAUUCCGUAUUUUCUCGAAAGAAAAAUCACAUCUUGAUAAAUUAAUAGGCCCAUGAUUCACGCCAAUUUCAGUUUCAGUAUGCAUACCUUCUUCGCGUGAAUGUUUCUGACUCCUCUCCUCGCUUACCAUAUGUUUUCCUGAUUUUUUUGCUAUCCCACCAUUAACUGCUUUUUUUUUUUACCGAUAUUUAAAUAAUUUUAUAUACUAUUAAAUUUAAAAUAAAAUGACACAAUUUUGAGAUUCUCUAAUUUUAAGCAAUUGAGAUAAUCUCACGAAUCCCGCGAUUCAAGCGCCGUGUCGUUUGGAAGUUUGGAACAAUAUCUUCCAUACAUGGGAAUCCGCGAAUCUACCAUGGGGAAAUCUUAUCGGCGCAACACCCAUCCCGACCACUCCAGUUCCAGCUCGAAUAACCAGCAGCUUGUUGCCCAACACUUCUCCAACGGUGAGAACCCCACCAAGGAAGAAGCCAUCGUUAGCCGUGGCGUUGACAACCAAGCUUAUUAUGUGUUGGGCCAUAAGACUGCUAAUGUUCAUGAUCUUUACGAGUUUGGUCAUGAAUUACGACGGGAAGGAUUAGCAACUACUUGUUUAUGCAUCGAGAUUGCCACGGGGAUUGAGUAUGCCUGCAAGUCAAUCUCAAAAGGGAAGUUGACUUCUGAGGUGGGUGUGGAGGAUCUCAGGAGGGAGAUUCAGAUAAUGCACCAUUUGGCGGGCCACAAGAAUAUUGUGACCAUCAUGGGUGCUUAUGAGGAUCCCUUGGAUGUGCAUAUUGUGAUGGAGCUUUGUAGUGGUGGUGACUUGUUUGACGAGAUCAUCAGGAGGGGGCAUUACGCGGAGAGGAAGGCUGCUGAAUUGGGAAAGAUCAUUGUAGAGGUUGUUGAUACUUGCCACUCGCUUGGGGUUAUGCUUAGGAAUCUAAAGCCUGAGAGCUUCUUGUUGCUUGACAAAUAUGAUGAUUCCUCUCUCAAAGCCUUUGAUUUUGGGUGCUCUGUUUUCUUCAAACCAGGCCAAGUUUUCACGGAUAUGGGCCAUAUGCUUCCAAGCGCAUGCUACAUGGCUCCAAGCGCAUACUACAUGGCUCCCGAGGUACUCCAUGGGCAUUAUGGACCAGAAGCAGACAUAUGGUCAGCAGGGGUCAUACUGUAUAUAUUGCUAAGUGGUGUGCCGCCAUUUUGGGCAGAAACACAGCAGGGAAUAUUUGAUGCGGUGUUGAUGGGAGAUAUUGACUUCGAAUCAAACCCAUGGCCUAGUAUAUCUGUCAGUGCAAAGGACCUAAUCCGGAAAAUGUUAUGUUCUCAACCUUCAGAACGUUUGACUGCUCAUGAAGUUUUAUGCCAUCCUUGGAUAUGUCAAGAUGGAGUUGCUCCUGAUAGAGCACCAGUUCCGGUUAUACUUUCUCGGAUAAAACGGUUCUUUGAAAUGAAGAAGUUAAAGAAGAUGGCUUUACGGGUAAUAGCUGAAAGCCUUCCUGAGGAGGAGCUUGCCGGUUUGAGAGAAAUUUUUAAGGCGAUGGAUACCGAUAACAGUGGUGAAAUUACAUUUGAUAAACUGAAAACUGGUUUGCGAAGAUAUGGCUCUAUCUUGAGGAAUUCAGAAAUACUUCAUCUCAUGGAAGCCGUUGAUGUCGACGACAGUGGGACUAUCAACUACGGGAAAUUUAUAGCUGCAACAAUUCCUCUUAACAAACUAGAACGCAGGGAACUUCUUCUUGCAGCAUUUCAAUACUUUGACAAGGAUGGAAAUGGUUACAUUACAAUUGAUGAUCUCCAGCAAGCUUGUGAAGAACAUAACAUGAGUGGUAUUUCUCUUGAAGAUAUUGAAGAUACAAUCAGAAAUGUUGAUCAAGAUAAUGACGGAAGGAUCGAUUAUCGUGAAUUUGUUGCUUUAAUGGAAAAGGGCAAUGGUAGAAUUGGAAGGCAAAUACAACACAAUCUGAAUUUGAGCAAAGGUUCAAUCUGAGGGUCCUGGUUGCUCACAGCAGAGAUGAAUUACACGUCUUACGGUUAAUAUCCUUCAAUAAUGAUUUUAUUCAAACUCUGAACACAAUUAGGGCACAAAAGCUUUCUUUAUUAACAUCCAAAAGACCUCUUUAUUUUUAUGAUUAUCAAGCUGUAGCUUCUAAACUUGCAGUCCUGUAUACUGACUUGGCACAUCGGCUUGCUGUGCAGCAAAGCCAGAAGAAAAUUAGUGAUGAAGCUUUGAGAAACAAUUUUUAUUUUUUAUUUUUAAUGAAUAUUGAGAAACAAUUUCAAUUC